CUCCGCGAGGUGACUUCAUCUCUCACCUUGUACACUUAUCUUUCUUCCUAGACCAAUGAUGUCUUAAAUAACUUCAAGACUAACGAUUUUCUGUCCAAUGUGGACAGAUAACUGGGCAGUAAAAGCUGGAUUGCCGUCCUUAAAUCUUCUGAGUUUUCCUAUCAGCUGGAACCAUUUUUAAAAUUAGACGUGGAACGGAUGGUAAGGAUGUGUCAUGAGGACAUUCAUCUGACAACUACAAUUCUGUAGAGUACAACAUGGUGCGACACACUGAACGACCUUCAGAGGAGUCGACUUUUUAAAGGAAUUUCUGUCGGCAAUUCUCUGUCAGUGCGCGUAACGCUUGCGCGCUACUAAAAUUGCACCUCUGAAAGUUAGCCGUCAAAUGUCAAAAAGACUUUUAAAAACAAUUGCAUUUGUGUGAGUAUAUUUGUUAUAGGUAACCCUAGAGUAAACAACGGCAGUUUUGUCGCAAUUGUUCACGCGCAAUGCUGAAUGGAGAGAGCGGCGUAAUGUUGCAUGGUUACUUUUCACAGGAGGACGCGACUGUUAGCGAACUUUUAUUUCGAGCGCUAAUUUGCCUUUUGUGGUUUCAGAAAAGUUGUUAGAAAACUAUAUAUAAAAGAACAUAGGUCUACUUUGAAGAUACAUUAUAAUUUUGGCGACUUUUAGGGGUCUUCAAGUCGUAUUAGGAAGGUCAGUCCCUCCAAAACUACCACAAUUCGCAUCCUGCGGUACAGGCUGGAUAAGUUCAAUGAUAAAUGUUGAGCAGCCCUUCGCGCAGCACGAUGGGGAGUCGGUGGGGAGACUGUCCUCCCCGAGCUCUCUCUCACAGGAGAAUCUAGACGCUCCAUGAUCUCUCAGCAUGCCUACCUGGACGAACCGGUCCAACUGUUCCUUCAACUGCAGUUGGGAUGAGAACGCGACAUACUGGGGAUUCGAGCACCCGGUCAACAUCUUCCCCGUCCCAGUGCUAACCGGGGUCACCGUCACCUGCGUGCUCUUCUUCUUUGUUGGUGUAACGGGGAAUCUCAUGACCAUUUUGGUGGUGACCAAAUACAAGGACAUGCGAACCACCACCAACUUGUACCUGUCAAGCAUGGCCUUUUCGGAUUUAUUUAUUUUUCUCUGCAUGCCCCUGGACUUGUACAGAAUCUGGAGGUACCGACCUUGGAAUCUCGGCAACAUACUUUGUAAACUCUUUCAGUUUGUGAGCGAGUGUUGCACGUACUCGACCAUUCUGAGCAUCACUGCUCUCAGUGUGGAGAGAUACUUUGCUAUUUGUUUUCCUCUUAGGGCAAAGGUAGUCGUGACCAGGGGUCGCGUGCGCGGGGUCAUAUUGGUCCUCUGGAUAGUAUCCUUCUUUAGUGCAGGACCUGUGUUUGUGCUCGUCGGGGUUGAGCACGAAAACGGGACAAACUCGUGGGAUACUAACGAAUGCAAAGCGACGGAAUAUGCCAUUAGGUCUGGGCUCUUAACAAUUAUGGUUUGGGUCUCCAGCAUCUUUUUCUUUUUGCCUGUGUUCUGCUUAACUGUUCUGUAUAGUCUCAUCGGGCGAAAGCUCUGGAAGAGAAAGAGGGAGACGAUUGGGCAAAACGCUUCGAGUCGGGAAAAAAACAAUAGACAGACAGUGAAAAUGCUGGCUGUGGUGGUGUUUGCCUUCGUGCUCUGCUGGCUUCCCUUUCAUGUUGGACGUUACCUGAUCUCCAAAUCCACAGAGAUGGGCUCUCCUGUCAUGUCUGUCAUCAGUCAGUACUGUAAUCUCAUCUCCUUUGUACUCUUUUACCUGAGUGCAGCAAUCAACCCUAUUCUGUACAACAUCAUGUCCAAGAAAUACAGGAUGGCAGCUUGCAAACUUUUCGUACUGCAUCAUAGCCCACGAAUAAGCACAUCAGCGGUCAAAGGAGAGACUUCCCCGUGCUGGACGGAAUCCACUGCCAGCCUGUGACUGUGAAAGACUGUCUUCACCAUGAACAGCCAUUUCAGACCUCAUCUACUGCUGCCACCGUGUUUGCAAGAUGAUAUAGUUCCCUAAUUAGACUUAAGAUCCACAUCCAUAUAUCAUACAGUGUCUGACAGAUCAGGGAGUAGAUUGGAGAGAUACAAUUCUUUAACAGCCAUUCGUCCCUCCAGGCUCAACAUUUCAUUACAUACCUUGAAGUUUUAUAAAAAAAAAUAAGAGAUAUAAAAAGGGAGAGGAUAAAAAGUUAACUUCAGCUGCCUUAAAUCUAAAUGAAAUCUGGAAGACAAAAUGAUCACUGUAGAUACAGCAACCUUUUGCACCUGAUGACAGGGACUGCAGAGGUGAUGCCGUUCAUUUGCAUUGUGCCUGAAUGCAUGUCAUGCUCCCUUAGCAAGUGCUUCCUCUUUUUUUUUAUGUCUGUGUUCAUAAGCCUCUGCUACAGAACUGAAGCAAUACAGAGAAUUCAAACACUUUGAAGAAAGUUAAUUAAAAACAAAGAAAUGUAAGUCAAAAUGCAUUCGUCCAUUUAAGUACUCAAACAUCAUAAAAGCUGGCUUUUUUGUUCUCAGUGUUUCAUGUGCUAAACUACAGGUACCAAAUUAGCCAGUUAUACAGAAGUUUAAUUUAAAACCACUGCAAUAAAUGUUGUAACAGUAUAUUUGUAUGUUAGCAGGUCCUCUUACUACGGAGCCCCGCACAUGACACACAGGAAAAAAUA